GUGGUGCCUGCCCAAACUCAGCCGCUUGCGACCCAAGGAGACAGAGGAGCCUGCAGAACUUGUAGAUGUUUGGACACCGGGAACGAUGCCUGCAGCUCCAGCCAAGCCUAGGCGUGUCUUGCAAAAGUCGUAUGCUCGCGAGCAAUCCGGUGGCGGCGGCACAGAUGUACGAAGGCCCAUUCGCCCAGAUGGACAGGAGGCUGCUGAUGUGGACCCUGUGCUAGCGCUUGAUGACUUCACCGUGGCGCUCCCCGAUGGAUUUCCGGACCACGCGCACCGGGGCUUCGUGACGUUGACCUAUCUGCUGCCCAGCUCUCCAGGAGAUCUCAGCCAUGAGGAUUUUCUAGGCAAUGUUGGCACUCUGGGCCCCGGCGACGCGCAGUGGAUGACAUGCGGUCGUGGCAUUGUGCAUUCUGAAGUUCCAAAGACGCAGUUCUUUGCCAGGGGCCUGCAGUUGUGGAUCAACCUGCCGGAGAAGGAGAAGAUGAGUCCACCGAGAUAUUUGGAACUUCCACGAGCAGAACAACCGCGUCUCAUUUGUGACGGUGUGCGCUGCGCGCUGCUGGCGGGUGAAGCCUUGAGCGCAGCAGCACUGGAGGGUGACACACUUGCGGCACAUUUCACCAUGGAGCCCAACUCCCGACUGCACCAGCUGAUACCUGAGGGACACAAUGCUUUCGUCUACAUCAUAGAUGGAGAAGGAAACUUUGCUGGGGAAGAAGCUGACAAACACCAUUGUUUGAUCCUAUCCCAUGAAGUGGGUGAGGAUGGCCUCCUCGUUGAGACUACUACGACUGCAGUAUCCUUUUUCAUCUUUGCGGCCAAGCCGCUUCGAGAGCCGGUGGUUUGGCAAGGCCCCUUCGUGAUGUGCAGCGAAGAGCAGAUCCGCCAGUCUAUGCUGGACUACCAGUGUGGCAGAAACGGUUUUGAGAACGCAAACACCUGGCAUUCCAAGAACAAGAACAACAUGAGAUGAGUGGAUCAAAAUGAUCAAACUGCAGCACUGGGUUCGUGAGCAAAGUUGACCAACUUGGCAUCCUCCUUUGGUGCUGGAACUCCACCGUGCCACAGAGAUCCCGAAAAACUGUGGUGAACGACUCUGUAUCGGUGCGGUGGAGGACCUCACUUGGCGGAUCUGGUGGAGGACAUAGCUCUUCGAGAUGGUUGAGGGAUCCAAACCACGCCAAGUCCGCGUGGUUUGCGCAGACAAGAACUGAACACAAUGUUUCACUGAAGCACAAUCCAUUGCUAG